AUGAACAUCCGCCAAAUUCCUCGCAUUUCUUUGCGUGAUUUCGACACGCGCAGGUAUCAAAUUGGCAAAGAUCUCAUCGAAGCCGCUGAAAAUGUUGGUUUUUUUAUUCUCGUCGACCAGCAGCGGCCCAGUAAGCAAGAGAUCGAGGAGAUGUUCGCCCUGUCUACCAAAUAUUUUGCACUCCCCGACCAAAUCAAAGCUCGCUAUCCUUUCAUUCGCGAACAAAAUUCCGGCUGGGAGAAGAACGCCCAGAUUCGCCCCUCCACAGGUGUAGCGGAUCCCAAAGAAUCACUGCAGCUGCAGUAUUUUCGGCGUAACAAGUAUUGGCCAAAUGAUUCGUCUGACAUUCCGCAAUUUCAUGAAACGUGCCUGAAGUUCAUGGAGAGCAGUCAAGACCUAUCAAUGAAAAUCCUAUCAUUCUUCGCUGUCGCCCUUGGUUUUCCGCCGUCCUUCUUCUCUGAAGCUCAUGAUUUGAGCUUGGAGGACUGUCUUUCCACGAUGCGGUUACUGCGAUACCACGAUGUAACUGGCAAAGUAUCUGAAAUGCCUGAAUGGAGAGCAGGUGCGCACACCGAUUUUGACGUCCUCACGUUGCUCUUCCAAGAAACUGGGGGAGAUGGUCUAGAAGUGUGCCCCGGGCGAGAGGCGCAUACCAGUUUUGCCCUAGGAGAUGAAUGGACCGCUGUCCCUGCUCGAACGGGCGAGAUCACGGUCAACAUUGGUGAUAUGUUGAUGGCAUGGAGCGACGACCGUUUCAAGAGCCUAUAUCAUCGUGUCAAGGCACCUGGACCCAACGGGAAUUUGAAAGCAAGAAAUAGCAUAGCCUACUUCAACCAGCCACGUCCCCAUGUCCGAAUUGAAGGGCCCACGGGAAAAUACGGGGCAUUGACUGCUUCCCAGUAUAUAUCAAAUGCCAUGGAACGUUAUUACCGACCUACGAAAGGACCAGAGUAA